GGUGGCGCGUGACAGCGGCGCUUUUGGACGAAGCUCGCGCUCCACCGCGCUUCACGCACCGCACGCGCGUCGACCCGGCGGCCGCGUCAGCGCGGGUGAGAGAGGGAGGCGGAGGGCGAGCGAGGGAGGGCGCUCAGUGUGGUCAGUGCGGAGGUCUGCACGCAGAGCGGAGCCGGAGCCGGAUCCCAGAGCCGCCGUCACCGCUCAGCGUCCCCGCGCCAGGAUGUAGCCGAGAGCCCAGGGGACAUGGGGAAGGACCAGGAGCUGCUGCAGGCCGUGAAGACCGAGGACCUGCUGACGGCUCAGCGGAUCCUGCAGAGACCUCGGCCGGGGAAAGCCAGUGAGUGGCCCCGCGCACACACGCGCGCGCGCGCGGCAGAGCUGUUAGGAGCGGCCAAGCGGGUCAACGUCAACAUCCAGGAUGCAGACGGGCUGUCGCCGCUGCAUCACGCCGCUCUGAGUGGAAACAAGGAGCUUAUCUCGCUGCUGCUGGAGGCUCAGGCCGCCGUCGACAUCAAAGACAACAAAGGCAUGCGGCCGCUGCACUACGCGGCGUGGCAGGGCAGGACGGAGCCCAUGAAGAUGCUGCUGAAGUCGGGCUCCUCGGUCAACGGUCAGUCGGACGAAGGGCAGAUCCCUCUGCACCUGUCGGCGCAGCACGGACACUACGACGGGUCGGAGAUGCUGCUGCAGCACCAGUCCAACCCGGUCAUUUCGGACUCGGCUGGUAAAACGCCUCUGGACUUGGCGUGCGAAUUUGGACGCGUGGCGGUGAGUGCGGCGGCGGCGGCGACGCGUGGCUCAACUCAGACCCACUCAGCAGCGGCCUGUCCCGGUCCAGGUGGUCCAGCUGCUGCUCAGCAGCAACAUGUGCGCCGCCAUGUUGGAACCCAAACCCUCCGACCCCAACGGCGUCUCGCCUCUUCACCUGGCCGCCAAGAACGGUCACAUGGACGUCAUCCGGUAAGAGCGCGGCAACGCGCCUCGCCUGGGAUCCGGACCCAGUCCCGACGGCAGCUGUGGUCCCCUGACAGGUUGCUGAUCCAGGCCGGGAUCGACAUCAACAGGCAGUCGGAGUCGGGCACCGCCCUGCACCAGGCCGCCCUCUGUGGCAAGACGGAGGUGGUGCGCCUGCUGCUGGACAGCGGCAUCAGCGCCGGCGUGCGCAACACUCUGAGCCAGACGGCGCUGGACAUCGUCAACCAGUUCACCACCACGCAGGCCAGCCGCGAGAUCAAGCAGCUGCUGAGAGACGCCUCGGCCGCCAUGCAGGUGCGGGCGCUGAAGGACUACUGCAACAACUACGACCUGACCAGCCUCAACAUCAAAGCCGGCGACAUCAUCACGGUGCUGGAGCAGCACUCGGACGGCCGCUGGAAGGGCUGUAUCCAUGACAACCGCACGGGAAACGACCGAGUGGGCUACUUCCCGUCCAACAUGGUGGAAGUGAUCAAGAGGGCAGGCCACUCCCCCUCCCUGCAGUGCCACACCCUCCUGCUCCGCCGGCCCAGCCCCCGCCCCACCAGCCCGCAGAACGGCCACACCCCCACCCGAGUCCUGCCCCUGCACCUGCCCGCCCCUCCCCCCACCCUGUCCGACACCGCCUCCCUCCCCCGCUUCUCCUCCUUCGGCUACUUCCCCCUCCCCAUCUCGCCCCCCUCUCUGACCGCCCCUCCUCUCUCCACUUCUCAGGAGCCGCCCAGUCAGACAGGCUCCAGGGCGGCCGAGCUGAGUCCCCAGGGCUCCCCCACGCUGGGGCACCAGAGCAGCACCAGCGAAGACAUCUGGGUCCUCCGCAAGCCUCUGUCAGGGGGCGAGCGCAGCGGCAGCGUGGGCAGCAUCAGCAGCGCCCGCUCCUCCUCCUCCAGCCUGCAGGGCUCCGGGAACACCCACGUCCUGACCACGCCCGCUCCAAGUCCUCACCCGGCUCCCACGCCGGGGGUCAACACGCACGGACUCAGCGCCCCGGGACUCAACGCUCAGGCCGAGGGAGUCAAGCUGCUGGCCACGGUCCUGUCUCAGUCCAUGAAGGCCAAGGAGCAUCUGCUGGAACAGUCUCAGUCGCUGGAGCAGCCUGGAGGUGAGUCUCAGGCCUGCGCCCGGCGCUGCUGCUGCCGGCCAGCAGGUGUCUCCACCUGCCCUCAGACGCAGAGGUUUCCCUCAAACGUGACUCGUCUCUCCACGGUGGUGUUUUUCUCAGAAUAUCUCUCCAGGUUUUUGGGUCAACAGAUCAAAUGUCAGUUGUCAACAACAUGUGUUUUUCGCGUCUCUUCUUCCUGGCGGCCAGCAGGUGUCUCGGCGCGUGGCGUCCCCGAGCAGAGGUCGUUUGAGAGGAAGGCCGAGGAGGAUGACGGCAGAGUGAGUGGCCUCCGCCGCCGUCUGCUCGCUGGUGCGGGCGGCAGCUCUGGCCGCGCUCAGCAGCGCUGUCUGUGCUCUGUGUUGCAGAAGCAGGCAGUGGUGGCGUGGCUGGCUGAGUCCCAGCUGCAGUUCUACACCGCGCACUUCCUCACCGCUGGAUACGAUCUGGACACCAUUAGCCGCAUGAGCCCCGAGGACCUGACGGCGAUCGGCGUGAUGAAGCCGGGGCAUCGGAAGAAGCUGACGUCAGAGAUCAGCAGGCUUCCGUCCUGCGACUGGCUGCCGGAGCACAAGCCGGCCAACCUGGCCGACUGGCUCUCGCACCUGGGGCUCAGCCAGUACUACCAGGUCCUGGUGCAGAACGGCUACGAGAACGUGGACUUCAUCUCCGACAUCAGCCUGGAGGACCUGCAGGAGAUCGGCAUCUCCAAGCUGGGUCAUCAGAAGAAGUUGAUGCUGGGGGUGAGGAGGCUGAAGGAGCUCCAGCAGGGGGCCACAGGCCCGGACUCCCCUGUGUCCCCGCCCCCCAGCCCUGGGGCCAGCAGCACGGAGGCCAAGAGGCCCAGGGAUGGGGUCCCCAGCCCGCUGGCUAGACCUCGCCCGGGCACCCCGCCUCAGACCCGGGGCCAGCAGGUGGCGUCCCCCCGGGCCCGACCCCGCCCCUCCACCCAGACGGCGGAGCCGCCGCUGCUGCGCCUGCCCGGCGAGGAGGAGACCUCCAACGACGUCAGCGUCAACCGCAGCCAGUCCUCCGUCGCCCUGCGGCCUCGCAGGAAAGGUCGGCCGCCGACGCCGCCCAAGAGGUCCUGCUCGUCGAUCACCGGCGGCGAGGAGGAGGAGGAGGAGGGGCCGGCCCACGGGCUCCUGGGGCCGCCCACAUUCCGAGAGCGGCGAGCCAGCGAUGGAGGCGGUCUGGGCGCCGCGCUGAGAGCCCAGGAGUCGUCGGGCCUGGAGAGGUCGCAGGGCUCGUCCGGCAGCGUGCGCAGCCUCGCCGCCAUGCUGGAGACCUCCAUGGUCAGCGGAACCAGGACUCUGCCCAAGAACAUGGGCAGCAGCGCCAGCUACCUGCAGGUCAGCCCGCCCAUGCUCCGGCGCCAGGCCCGCUCAGGUGGACUCGGCUCGGAGGAGGAGGACCUUCUCAGUCGUCGGCGGACAAUCAGCGGGCCGGAAGGUCUCCGGAGCGACCCGGUGGCACCGACACCGCAGAAGCGGCCGGAACCUCGACCCCGCUCCAUCGUGGGGACGCCGCCGUCAGAGGGCGCCGGCGGCACCAGCACGCUCCGGCGAAAGCCUCCUCAGCCGGCGGAGGCGCCGGCGAGCACGGCGACGACUGUCGUCACCAUGACGACCGGCACGGACACCAUCCGCAGACGUCCACGCACCACCGAGCACGGCAAACCCAGCGAACUGCAGCAAAACGGCGGCGUGGUUCUGAGACGGAGGCCCGCAUCUGAAACGCCGGAUCGGAGCGAGAAGACGGCAGAGACUUGCGAGUGGAUGGAAGCCAGGAAGUCUCUGAAACCACCGGUCUCACCCAAACCCGCCGCCCCGCGGAAGAGUCAAGCCGACCCCCCCACCCCGACCCGCCGGGUCCCCAUCCCUGGACCUGAACCCGCAGACCCAGCGCAGAGUCCAGAGCCGAAGCGGGUUCCUCCGCCCGUCUCCCCAAAACCUCGCGGACCCCCCACGGCCCCCAAGCCAGCCAAGGGGGCGGUGCCUGCCGCCAGCCCCACCCCGGCACCCAGACCCACCUCCCCUCACCCCUCCGCUCCCCUCCCUGCUCCGGACACGCCCCCCGCUCCGUCUCUCUCCCCCGGACUCCCGCUGACCUCCCCGGCCCAGAGCCCCUCUGCACCGUCCCCUCACCCGGUCAAACCUCCCCGCUCCUCCAUCGCCGGCCUCUCCAUCGACCUGCUGGGAGGACGGGCGGAGGGGGAGGAGGAGGAGGAGAACCUGGCACAGCUGGAGAACAGGUCCAGGGAGGAGGUGAAAGGUCAGCAGCGGCUGGAGGAGACCAGCGCCUCCCUGGCUGCGGCGCUGCAGGCCGUGGACCACCCACUCCACUCCGGUAACAAAGCCACCGUCUCCAUCUUGGACGACAUCGGCAGCAUGUUCGACGACCUGGCGGACCAGCUGGACGCCAUGCUGGACUGAGCCUCCUCCGCCCCGGGGCCAGGGGGCGUCGACCUCCGCGGCCUUGCACCAAGAAGCACAAUCCCUUCCCUGGAUCUCCGGAGUCCAGACCGGAGCAUAUUGCUGCCGGAGAUGAAAAGAAGCACAUGACUGAAGAGGAUCAGGAAAGACUGGUCCCGACCCGCACGCGUCGUCGUCGUCGUCGAUCGUGUCGUCCUCGCUGCCGUCAGUGUCCUCCUCGUGCCGUAGCUAGUCCGGGCGACGCGUGCGGAAAACCAACCAUAUGCAAGAAACGCAGCGCGUGUGGCUCGCCGUCCUGCUGCCGUGACCGUGACUCCUCUCUUCCUGCAGCCUUGGACCCGCCCCUCUCUUCGGUUCUCCUGGUUCCGUGGACUCUGUGCCUUGGUCAGUUCCUCCGCUCCUCGUGUUUCUCUGGUGUUUCCUUCCCAGGUUGUGAGUGGCUUGGUCUGAUCCAUGAGUUGCGCCCCGCCCCGUGUCCGGCGCCCCGUGUGGGACGCAGCUGGAUGGCUGACAGACGCUGCACGUACGUCUGUGGUGGAGUGUUGUUGUGACGGGCGCCGCCUCUCUGUACACACGUGAUGAGAAUAAAUGUCCCGUCUGACCCUGGCGUGGCUCGUCGCCAAGUCUGAAGGAAGCAGAGUGUCUUCUUUGAGUUUCACUUCCAAAUGUGGGAGAAACGACAGGCUGAGGCUGGUUGACGGCAGAACUACAUCUCCCAUCAUGCCUCCGAACCAUGGCCCGCGGUGCAUGCCGCUUGGACAGCCGUCCCUGUAACGCUCCGUGUGCGUCCGUCCCACAACAGGCGUGCGUGCGAGCGUGCGUGCGGGACUUGUCAAACGGCACAGUCUCACCAAACGGCCGGGAAAAGGAGGCUAAGCUAACGCUAACGCUGCUCCUCCUUUAAAGGGCGGGACUUCCGGUAGCAACUCGGCGAGCAUGACUGACGUCUGCGGGUCACGUGACUCACAUCCUCAAAUGAAAAGUCGCGUCACGGUGCUCGAAACUUGUCCCGUCCCACUCGGAGACACGUGUCACGUGACGUGCGGACGACGGCGGCUUCCGUUUGGACACGCCCUCUCGGACCCCUUUAUAUGACGAGGCUUCCGGUUCGAGUCCUCUUCUCUUCCGCUCGCCUCGCUCUGCUGCGGCCAUCGUCCUCACGCGGUGCGUGGCGGACGCUCGCGCGCCGGCCUGCUCGCACAUGGAGCGUGUGAUCCAGUCAGUUUCUUCCUCUGGCGCCGGCCCGCGGCGUCUGCAGCUCACGCGGCCGCCACGUGGAUCCAGCGGAUGAUGCCCCGCCAGAGCCGCGGGUGGCGGUCCGGACCCAUGUGGCCGGGCCGCCUCUUCCUGAGCGACUCGCCGGCGCCCCAGACCUGGUGAGACCCGAACCACCGUCGCCCUCUGUGGUGGGCUCCAGUCGGACCCAAAGCAGCCUGUGGCUGAAGUGAGACGACUGUGCUGCUCAGAAGCGUGGCGCUUCUGGGCUCACAAUAAAGGGCCACGGCCCCCGAGUCCCACUCACAGCUGGACAGGCUUGGUUUGGUGCUGAGGAGACCGACGGAGCUGCAGCUGACCAGCCUCAGUUGUGACUCCUGUGCAUCUGUUUUCAGACGAUUCUGGAGCCACGUGGGGACCUGGUAUGAGAGCUGCUGCUCCUGAUUCCACUCUGCUCUGAGGCCACCUGGUUCUGCAACAUGGGCCCAGCAGAGGAGCCCUGCACGGCUGACCUCUUCCUCUCAUCCCGCAGAGAACCUGGACCCCUGUGAGGACCGGCUCCUGGACAGCAGAGGGUCGAGCGUGAGACCCCUGUGAGGACCGUAGAUGCCAAUGUUGUUGCUGAGACUGCAGUUUGUGUGACAUGAGUCUUCGCAGUGGAAGCUCUGGCUCCACAUGUUUCUCUGUGAAUAAAAGCCUUCCGUCGUCCCUGG